AUGUCUUUCAAUGAUACUGAAAACGAUACGUAUUCAUCAUAUGGAAUCGGUCUGUCUUUCUAUGAUGAAAAAAGUACUUAUGAAGAAACGCAUUUAAUUAAAGUCUUACUCAGUGUCUUCCUCGGAACUUCGAUGAUUAUAAGCUUGAUAGGAAAUGUGUGCAUCUGUGCGGUCAUAGCUCGAAAUAAGACAAUGAGAACUCCUACCAACUUUUACCUCCUAAACCUUGCUAUAACAGAUCUUACGAUAACAAUCUUCGUUCCGGUGGAAAUAUAUAUAAUUUGGGUGCCGGAUUUUUACCCGCUCGGAAAAGAAGGAUGUCGUAUACAUUUUCUGUUAUGGGACGUCGGAAGCAAUUGCAGUGUUCUUACAAUAACAGCGAUAACAAUUGAGCGUUAUUUGGUUAUCUCUAAGCCGUUCCUGAGACAGAGGCUCGUUUUAAACUCACGAGUAUUUAAAAUUGUAACGAUAAUCUGGAUAACUUCGUGUUUCUUUUCUUUUCCAAGUGGUCUGUUCGUAUAUUUCGUUGAACGAAAACAUAAUGUAAUGUAUUGCUUUUUUACUGUUACGGAAACUAGUAAACUUUAUUUAGUAGCAGCGGAGCUGAUCGUUUUCUUCACACUUCCAAUGACGGUGAUAACUGUGUUAUAUCUAAUGAUAGCUUUCAAGUUGAAAUCUACGAAAUCAAAGUCCAGGCCUAACCCCGUAUAUGGAAAUCAAAAUAGAGACAAGGCGGUAAAAAUGUUAGCUGCCGUGGCCGCUUCUUUUUUCAUUUGUUGGUCACCGUACGCAAUCAGCCGCCUUAUGUUACUUUUUCCAAAUAUGAAGUAUGAGAAUCAUCACACAUUCUGGCGCAUAUUGAUCUAUCUAAGCUCCAUAAACAGUUACAUGUCGACGGCAGUUAAUCCUAUACUGUACACUUUAAUGUCUCGAAAAUUUGGACAGGCUUUUAAAGAUUUACUCAAAGGGAGAAAAUCAAAUCAAACUUCGAUAAACAGACGCUCUACGCCGAACCACAAGGAACACACACAAGAAUUCUAAAAACGAACGAUAGCCCUCCGUAUUUUAAGAUUAAGUAAAAAAAUCUUUAUUUUCAUAUGUUUUCCAAGAUUUAUAUCGAAAUCAUAAAAUUGUUGAAACAGCAUUUUUCGCAGUUCACGUGGAAAAUAUCAGAAGGAAAGAUAUCUUAUAUUUAUAUCAUAGGUAGGUGAAGUAUGAAACGUAUUUUUCAGAAACAAAUAGAUAUAAUUAUGGAUGACACGACACAAGAAGAAAGCUGAAAUAUUUAGAUAUCUAAAUAAGUCUUACUUUUAUUUUGUGAAAAAGCGUUUAAAUAAAACAAAAUUAUUAUUGCAUGUCAAAUUUGUUUUCCUGUUAAAGCUAAAUUGUAUUAUUAGUCUAAGAAAUAGCAAAAUACGGUAAAAUAUAUGGAACUUUUUCACCUAAAUACUUAUCUGAUAUAAUGUAUUUAAAAUUAAUAUUAUGUUUCAAAAUGUACUGAUGUGUGUCCAUAAAAUAAAUGUUGAAUAUUUA